CGGAAAAUCCUUAGAGGACAAGGAACAUUCGAUUGUGAAGAAAAUGCUGUCUUAUACCAGAACUACAAAGAGAAAGCGCUGGAUAAUGACUCUGAUGAGGAUGCUGAAUCCAAAGAGCCAAAGGAAGAUCGAAUCAUUGUACAGUAUAAACCUCUAAGGUCAACAUGGAGUCAGCUGUCAGUAGUGAGGAAGAAUGGGCUCUCCCAGAGUAUCGGCCAGGAAGAAAGGAAAAGACAAGAGGCUAUAUUUGAAGUAAUCUCUUCUGAACACUCGUACCUGCUCAGUUUAGAGAUCUUAAUUCGGAUGUUCAAGAAUUCCAAGCAACUUAAUUCCACUAUGACCAAGACAGAAAACCACCAUCUCUUUUCCAAUAUCACUGAUGUAUGUGAGGCCAGCAAAAAAUUCUUUAAGGAACUGGAAGGGAGACAUCAAAGAAACAUUCUUAUUGAAGAUAUCAGUGAUAUUGUGGAGAAACAUGCAAAAUCUACCUUUGAUCCAUAUGUGAAAUAUUGCACUAAUGAAGUCUACCAGCAAAGGACGCUACAGAAAUUAAUAUCUACAAAUGCAUCUUUUAAGGAUGCUCUGACUAGAAUUGAGUCCCAGGAAGAAUGUAGGAAUUUGCCAAUGAUUUCUUUCCUCAUCCUCCCCAUGCAGAGAGUCACUCGACUUCCACUUCUUAUGGAUACAAUCUGUCAGAAAACACCAAAAGAUUGUUCAAGAUAUGAAAUCUGCAAAAGUGCCUUGAAAGAAGUUAGCAAGUUGGUUCGUCUGUGUAAUGAAGGAGCACGGAAAAUGGAGAGGAUGGAAAUGAUGGUGACAAUUAAUUCUCAGCUAGAGUUUAAAAUAAAGCCCUUUCCAUUGGUGUCUUCUUCGCGGUGGUUAAUGAAGCGGGGUGAGCUCACAUCCUAUGUAGAGGACACCGGCAUUUUCUCCAAGAGAACGACAAAGCAGCAAGUCUACUUCUUCCUCUUCAAUGACGUGCUGAUCAUCACAAAGAAAAAAAGUGAGGAAAGCUAUAAUGUCACAGACUAUUCCAUGCUGGAUCAGCUUCAUGUUGAGCAGUGUGACAAUGAAGAGCCGCCAUCUCCACUGAAGAACAGCACUCCUAUCCUGUACUCGAGACAGUGCUCAGCCAGCCAUCUGUUUACACUCACCAUUCACAGCAAUCAUGCAGCAGAGAAGGUGGAGAUGCUGCUGGGAGCUGAGACUCUAAGCGAUCGAGCACGCUGGAUUACUGCACUGGGCCAGAGCGAGGAAAAGCCAUGCACAGAUAGAACAACUUUAACUCAGGUGGAGAUUAUUCGGACCUACACAGCAAAACAGCCUGAUGAGUUAUCCCUACAGGUAGCAGACGUUGUCCUGGUGUAUCAGACAGUCAACGACGGUUGGUAUGAAGGAGAAAGACUGAGGGAUGGAGAGAGAGGCUGGUUUCCCAUGGAAUGUGCAAAGGAAAUUACAUGUCGGGCUACACUAGAAAAGAAUAUGGAGCGCAUGGGACGUUUACUUGCUCUGGAAACCAAUGUGUAGACUCCAAUAUUAGCCAUUUCUUUACUGCAACAUUUGCACUAUAGUAGCACCACUGUGCAUAGGGAAAUAAAAGGGAACACAAUCUUCAAUCUGCUUUGUCAUGAAGGUACAACUUCCCAAAGCUGUGCAAACUCCGAGAGUACUGAACUGAGGAUAUCAUAGCUCCCUGCUUGU